AUGCAGUUUAUAAGUAGGGUCUCGCGGGUCACGCCAUGGACGAGACUGGCGCUCACUCGAUGUCCUUUGACUACUGCGAGAUUCAAGAGAUACCAGGCCUUUGAUGCUCAACUUGACCAAGAGGCACUCACGGAGGCGCGAUCCUGGUACCGGAAGUUUGACGCUUCGCAUCUUCCCCGCGGCAGCACGACAUACGCAAGGUCCAGCGGGCCCGGGGGGCAGCACGUCAACAAAACCGAGACCAAGGCCAUCACAGCUUUUCCGGUCAAGGACUUGGUGUCUAUGCUGCCCCAGUCUCUGCAUUCCGGAAUCCGCGCCUCCAAGUAUUACACCGCCAGCAACGACAGCCUGACCUUUCAUGCCCAGACUCGCCGAUCUCGCACGGCAAACACGGAUGAGAACCGGAGGAAGCUCAUGGAAGAGGUGAGUCGCGUCUACCGGGAACAGGUGCCGUCAGAGACGAGCGGCGACAAGAAGCAGAAGCACGGGGAAAUGUGGGUGUCGCCAAGCUAA